GCAGCACACAUCUGCAAAUAUGACCUUGUGUUGUACAUUGAGGCUCAGCCCACUUCUUGGUUCCCUGGAUUUGAUUGGAUGGAAACCUGAGCACCUGCUAUCUGCACACCUGUGAGUUCCACUCAUCUUUGUCUUCUGCAGUUCCUGCUUGAUACAAGAGUAGGAAAUGGCAGCGACGACAGUUUCUGUUGAACAAGAGCAGUUUUGUUGUUCGGUGUGUCUGGAAGUCUUGCGGGACCCGGUGACCAUCCCCUGCGGACACAGCUACUGCUUGGAGUGCAUUGAGGACUACUGGAACAGGCCCAAGCAGAAAGGCCACUACACCUGCCCCCAGUGCCGACAGGUGUUCAACCCCAGACCCACGCUCAGUCGCAACACCGUCCUGGGGGAGGUGGCCGACAAGUUUCAGCUGACUGGAUUUCAAACUGCAGCUCUGCACAAAGUGGAGGAGGUGAAAUGCAGCGUGUGCAUGAGGAAGAAGAGCAAAGCUGUCAGGUCCUGUGCUGUGUGUUUGCAGGCGUUGUGCGCAGCUCACCUGAGAGUCCAUGAGGAGAAGUUUGCUGGAAAGGCUCACAGGCUGAUACCGGCGUCAGACCAGCUGCAGGCCUGCAAGCAGCAUCACAGAUUAUUGAGGUUGUACUGUCACACCGAGCAGCAGUGUGUGUGCUCACAGUGUGUGAGGGACGCACACAAAGGUCAUGACACGGUGCCGGUGCAGGACGAGAGGGCAAUACAGCAGAAAAAACUACAAGAAACAUCUUUGAAGAGUGCACAAAAAAUGAAGGAUGCAGAGAAGGAGCUUCGGUAUAUUAUCAGAUAUACCAAGCACUCUGCAGAGGCGGCGGUGGAGGAGAGCGACAGGCUUUUCUCCAAGCUGAUCCACUCCAUCGAGAAGCGAAGCUGUGAGCUGAAGGAGCUGAUCCGGGUGCAGCAGAGGGAGGCCGUCAGCCAGGCAGAGGAGCUUCUGGAGAACAUUCAGAGGGAGGUCACGGAGAUCAGGAGGAGAGAGGCUGAGCUGGAACAGCUCUCUCAGACAGAGGACCAUGUCCACUUUCUUCAGAAGUGCAAGUCUCUGCAUUUCCAUUCAAAGUCUGUUGAGAUGCCCAGUACUGACGCUCUUCCAUAUCUGAUGUAUAAAUCGAUCAGAGGAGCUGUGGCUGAUCUGAGAGAGAGUCUAGAGGAAACGCUUGAAAAGGAAUUCCACAGAAUCUCUGAUAAAGGUGUGUAUUUCAUUCUCCUCUGCCUGAAUAUGAAACUAUUAGCCAGUUUAAAAACUUUGCCUUCAAACUCUUUUUUUUUUUUUUUUUUUUUUUUAGUAAUGUCACUGAAGGAAGUCGGUCAAAGUGCACCUGAAAAAAUUACAGUAAAAGAUGCUGAGAUACCGUUCAGCUCGGAGCCAAAGACCAGAGCUGAAUUCCUGCAUUAUUACUGCGACGUGACCCUGGACCCCAACACGGCCAACUCCUUCCUGUGUCUCUCCGACGGCCGGCGAGCGGUGACCACAGGCUCGGCGCCGCAGUCCUACCCAGAUCACCCAGAGCGCUUCAGCAGUUGGGCCCAGGUGCUGGGCAGAGCUGGCCUGGCUGGCCGCUGCUACUGGGAGGUGGAGUGGUCAGGUAGUGGAGGAGUUUCCAUUGGCGUCUGCUACAAAAACAUGAGCAGGAAUGGAGGAGGGAGUGAUGCCAAGUUGGGACACAACUCCAAAUCAUGGAGUCUGGACUACUCCUCUUCGGUCUGUUCAUUUCAGCACAACAAGCAGAGCGUGGCUCUGGCUGGGCCCUGCGGAGGCAGGAUCGGAGUGUAUCUGGACUUCAGGGGUGGGACCUUGUCGUUCUACACCAUCUCAGACAGAAUAAUUCUACUCCACAAAGCCAAGGCAGCAUUCACCCACCCUCUAUACCCUGGAUUCUGGGUGGGACUGGGUUCGACUUUGAAACUGCCUAUUCUCAAAUCAGCCAGCUGACUCACACCAACAAGUUGAAUAAUGAA